UCCUUUCACACUUCACAGUGUUCGUUCGUUCUGAGAUUUCUUUCCCAAGAGCAUUGCUUUCUCUUCCUCUGUUCUCUAUCUUUCGGGGUUAGAUCUAGUCAGUUAUGGCAACAAUCAAGUGCGUCAAGGCGAGACAGAUCUUCGACAGCCGUGGCAAUCCCACUGUCGAGGCCGAUGUUAUAUUAUCAGAUGGUACCAUGGCAAGAGCUGCAGUUCCUAGCGGUGCAUCCACUGGUAUUUAUGAAGCACUUGAACUACGAGAUGGAGGUUCUGACUACCUCGGAAAAGGUGUUUUAAAGGCUGUUGAGAAUGUCAACACAAUCAUUGCACCUGCAUUGGUUGGCAAGGACCCAACGGAACAGGUUAGCGUUGAUAACUACAUGGUACAACAACUUGAUGGAACCGUAAAUGAAUGGGGAUGGUGCAAGCAGAAGCUUGGAGCAAAUGCCAUUCUCGCAGUGUCUCUUGCUGUUUGCAAGGCAGGGGCUAGUGUUAAUAAGAUCCCCCUCUACAAGCACAUUGCCAACCUUGCUGGUAACAAGAAAUUGGUCCUUCCAGUUCCUGCUUUCAAUGUCAUUAAUGGAGGAUCACAUGCAGGAAAUAAACUCGCAAUGCAGGAAUUCAUGAUCCUACCUGUGGGUGCUUCUUCAUUCAAAGAAGCAAUGAAGAUGGGUGCAGAAGUAUAUCACCAUUUGAAGGCUGUGAUAAAGAAGAAGUAUGGUCAGGAUGCAACAAAUGUUGGUGAUGAAGGAGGCUUUGCUCCCAACAUUCAGGAGAACAAGGAAGGACUUGAGUUGCUCAAGACAGCCAUUGCUAAAGCUGGUUACACAGGCCGAGUUGUCAUUGGUAUGGAUGUUGCUGCUUCUGAAUUUUAUGGGUCCUCAGACAAAACCUAUGACCUGAACUUCAAGGAGGAGAACAAUGAUGGCUCACAAAAGAUCUCGGGAGAUGCCCUUAAGGAUGUCUACAAAUCAUUUUCCUCUGAAUACCCAAUUGUAUCCAUUGAAGAUCCAUUUGACCAAGAUGACUGGACUCAUUACAACAAACUUACAAGUGAAAUUGGUGAAAAAGUACAGAUUGUAGGAGAUGAUCUUUUGGUUACCAAUCCGAAGAGGGUUGAGAAGGCAAUCAAUGAGAAAGCAUGCAAUGCUCUUCUUCUUAAGGUUAACCAAAUUGGUUCUGUGACUGAGAGCAUUGAAGCUGUUAAGAUGGCAAAGCGUGCUGGAUGGGGUGUCAUGGCCAGCCACCGCAGUGGAGAGACAGAGGACACCUUCAUUGCUGAUCUCUCUGUUGGUCUCGCCACGGGCCAAAUUAAGACAGGAGCUCCAUGCAGGUCAGAACGUCUUGCGAAAUACAAUCAGCUGUUGCGAAUUGAGGAGGAGCUUGGUUCGGAGGCAAUUUAUGCUGGUGCAAACUUCCGCAGGCCUGUUGAGCCCUACUAAAUUUUUACUAUGUUAAGUGCCAAUGCGGCAUCACUGGAGUUUUGCUUGGUGAGAAUAAGUUUUGUAGUUGGAACGUGUUUCUGAGUGGAAACCCAGCGUUAAUAUCUCUAGUUUAGUUCAUGUUUUGAGAGUAAUAGCUGUUCAUCGGUUGAAAAAAAGAAGUCUGGUGUUGUGGGUAGAUUAUACUUCUUUUUGAUAUGCCAUGUAGCUCAACUAUCUCAUGCUGCUUUUACUUUUCUAUAAGAAAUGGUUUAAAACUUUAAAUGGAAGGUGGUUUUGUAUCUUGACUUGGC